GUAUCAACUUACCAAAACAAAAAUAUGAGUGAAAAGAGAGAAUUUGAAAAUCCAUUUCCUCAGCAUAGAGAUGAGUAUUUGACUGAUCCAAAAGGACAGUUGAAACCAGAACGGAAAGAAAAUGUUCAAAGAGCCAUCAAUAAAUUAUUAGAAAAACUAUAUAGAGGCUUGGAAAGUGAAGAUGACAGUAACUAUACAGUAUAUACAGGAACUGCAGGCAUUGCACUUCUCCAUAUCCAUCUACACAGGAAACUUGAGUCUGGUAGCCAACAGUAUUUGAAAACAGGACUAGAGUACUUGAAAAAACCUCUUCGCCAUUUGAAGGGGAGAAAAUAUACUUUUCUGUGUGGGGAUGCAGGACCUUUAGCUAUUGGUGCUGUUAUAAAUCACAUGUUAAAACAUGAGGAUGACAGCAAAUCUUGUCUUGACAGACUUGCAGGGUUGCAUGAUACAGUAUGUAUUGAUAGAGCAUUGCCAAAUGAAGCACUUUAUGGGCGUGUUGGAUAUCUGUAUUCUCUGUUUUAUGUUCAACAUCACAUAGGAGAAGAAGUAAUGGAUAAUGCACUCAUUAGCAAGGUGGCAUCUUCUAUUAUAGAUUCUGGAAGGAGGCUGUCACAACAGGAGCAAUGUCACUUUCCCUUAAUGUAUGAGUGGCAUGAAAAGAAAUAUCUUGGAGCAGCUCAUGGCAUUGCUGGGAUUUUGUAUUUGUUAAUGCAGGUAAAAGAUCCAUCUUUCAAUGACACAUUACAAACUUUAGUUAGACCAACAGUUGAUUGGAUGUUGUCAUUACAGUUUCCAUCAGGGAACUGUCCCUCGUCAAUUGGAAGCUCUUCAGGUGACAAGCUGAUACACUGGUGUCAUGGUGCUCCUGGUUGGAUUUACAUGUUUAUAAAAGCUUACCAGUUAUUUUCAGAUGAGAAGUAUUUAGAAGCAGCCAAAAGAUGUUCUGCAGUAAUUUGGGAGAGAGGUAUAUUGAAGAAAGGUUAUGGAAUAUGUCAUGGUACUGCUGGAAAUGGUUAUGCUUUUCUGGCUAUGUACAGAUUGACCAAUGACCAGAAAUAUUUAUAUCAGGCUUAUAAGUUUGGCGAAUGGUGCAUUAAUUAUGGUAAACAUGGAUGUAGAAGUGCAGACACACCAUACUCUUUAUUUGAAGGUAUGGCAGGUACAAUAUAUUUCCUAACAGACUUACUAGAUCCUUCUAAUGCCAGAUUUCCUGCUUUUGAACUAUGAACUUUAAACUGAUGAUUCAAUAUUUGCCAUGAAAAAAAUCCAGGAUAGGAAUGCCUCUUUACUUGAUUUUGAACAAACAGAAAUGGAACAGUAAUUUCUUGUAUGACUAUAAUGACUUCUGUUGCUCUUUUAGCAGAUGUAAUAUAAAGUUUGAAGGAAAACACAGGGCUAAUAUAAAGAUGAAGACAGUAAUAAGAUUAAUGCUACAUUACAAGAGUCAAGUGAAAAACCAUUUGUAACAGAAAUAAAUAUGAAAACCUACUUGUUUAUAUGAUAUGUUGUUAUUCAUAUGGCUAUUAUGGUUAUUUUUAUUUAUUGCCACUGAAUUAGAUUAACUGUAGUACAAAUCUUAAUUAGUCAAUAUUGAAAUGAUAUUAUUUGAAGCAUUUGGUUUGUAGACUUGUUAUGUAUGGGCUAUUUUUUAUUUGUUAAGUAUGGGCUAUUUUUUUUUAUUAGUUAUAUAUGGGCUAUUUUUUUAUUAGUUAUAUAUGGGCUAUGUUUUUAUUUGUUAUAUAUGGGCUAUUUUUUAUUUGUUAUGUAUGGGCUAUUUUUUUUUAUUAGUUAUAUAUGGGUUAUUUUUUUAUUUGUUAUAUAUGGGCUUUUUUUUUUUUGCUUUGACAGUGUUCCAGCUAGGCCGUUAUCAGAGGGCGCGGCGCCCGCCCUUUUCCGAGUGGCGCCCUGUGCCUUUUUUACAGUUUCCAGGGCGCCCUGCCUUUUUUGAAGAUCGAUUGCAUAUUAAUUUGUUCGUAUAUAAUUGAUAUGAAACGCUAAUUACUAAAUUUUACCUGGGGAAAAGUUUAUGACUAUGUUUUCGACCCCAAGCUAAUCAACGGUUACAACUGGUGUCAUAAUCUGUUGUUAUAGGUAAUCCGUUUAUCGAAUGGGUCAUUAAUGAUCGUCAACAUUAAUUUAUUCAAAUAGAAUCAAUCGGUCAGUCGGCAAUUAUCCUUGAAGAAAUGUGCAUACAACAACUUGGGCACAAUUUGCGAUGUUUACCGUAGUUUCAUGGAGGAAAAGUAAUGACAGAAAGUUGAAAACCAUAAUAAACUCGUUGAAGACAUUGUUUUACUUGUUUUCCGUGAAAUAAACAUUAAAUUCA